AUGUCCCUCGCUGCAUCUCCAUAUCCGCCAUCCUCGCGAGAACGUCCAAGCCAUGCCCGCUUCCUGCAUCAGCCGCCCAACGCGACACGUUUGCGCACCCCCAAUGCGCCGCUGAAUGAUGAGGCCAUGUCCAACGCCUCCAACGCGAACCACCUGGCCGAUGGCGCCGACACGACAGCCGAUGAGGAUCCCAGGGCGGCGCGCUGGCGGGAGCUUUACUUGCGCACCGAGACACGCCUGGCUGCCGUGCUGGGAGGAACAUACGAGGACGAUGCCGUUGAUGUUUUUGACCAUGCCCCGAGGCCACCCUUCCACCCUGCUCCCGCGGCGCAUGACGCGCGCCCGGCCAUGACGCCCAAGAAGCUCACCCGCGCAAUCGAUGAGGAUGACUACGGCGACGACGACGACGAUGAUGAUGAAGACGAUGCAGAAGACGACGAUGAUACCCGCACCUCGCCGCUGCACGCCAAAAGCGCUCCCAAUGGCGCUGCGGCCGCUCCCAGCACGCCAAGCCUUCUCCGCGUGCCGUCCACAUCGAACAAGUCGGGCCACGACCGGACAGGGACGCCUUCAUCCGACGUUGUGAAGACAUCCGACGACGUACGCAAGAAGCUGCAGCAGGACAAGAAGGCUGCCGAGGAUGCUGCCAAGCGGACCUUCCACACCCUCUUCUACACUCUCGAGAGCGACCGCGAUGCCAUGCUGGAGCAGCAGAAGCUGGAUGAACUGGACCGACAGGUAGAGAUUGAGACGUCGGGUGCGCCUGCGAAUGCCCCCACCAACGGUGUCGUUGCCGCCCCCCAGCAGGGCACGUUGAGUACCACCAACCUUGGCGCAUCCAGUCUGACCCUCAAGCAUCUCAUCUCGCGCAUUGAUGCCCAAAGGGACCGUGUCCACGCCACAGAUGCCCAGCUACGCAGCCUCAUCAGCGAAGUCCGCAAGAACAGGAGCAAGUGGGCCAACGAGGACCGCGUCGGCCAGGAGGAGCUGUACGAAAGCACGGAAAAGGUGCUCAUGGAACUCAAAGCCAAUGAGCACGCCCAUCCCUUCCUGCAACGCGUCAACAAACGAGAGGCCCCCGAUUACUACAACGUCAUCAAACACCCGAUGGAUAUUGGCACCAUGAUGAAGAAGCUCAAGCAGCUGCAGUACAAGUCGAAAAAGGAGUUCGUCGACGAUCUCAUGCUAAUCUGGGCAAACUGCUUAAAGUACAAUGCCGACCCCAGCCAUUUCCUCCGCAAAAAGGCCUUGCACAUGAAGAAGGAGACGGAGAAGCUGGUGCCCCUUAUCCCAGACAUAACUGUGCGGGAUCGAGCUGAAGUCGAGGCUGAGGAGCGCAGAAUGCGCAACGGUGACGCCGACGCUGACGGCGCAGAUGACAGCGAGGACGAAGAACCCAUCAUGGCCUCGCGCGGACGGAAAGCACCCAGUAAAGGAGGCAAAGGCUCAAGUAAUGCAAGAAAGGCUCCUCCAGCAGGUCUGGAGGAUACGCCGGGGCCGGAGUCAAAGCCGCCAGUUCCAUCUCUUAACAAUGCCGUGUCUAAUUUGAAGAACGAGUUCCUUCGCGCAGACUCCGAAAUGGAGGGCAGCGUCAAUGGAUUCUCAACACCCCCGCCUGGCACCUCGACACCUUUGGGCCCCAGUAGUAUCUCACGAAAUGGUCUCCAUGGCAGUCAAGCUGACGCUUCAGAUGUUGACGGCACUGGCAUCUCUGUUAGCGAUACUCUUGACGAAGAUGCUGAUCUAGACGACAUGGAAUACAAAACUUGGAAACAAGUGACCAAGAAGGACCGGGCAAUCAUUGCAUCGGAGAGACAUCGCCUCUUCCGUGACGACCACCUCCAGCCGGAUGAGCCUGCCAUUCUGCGCACAAAAGCUGGUAUGAGAAGAUGGUUGAGGCACCGCAAACAAGCAAUGGAGCAAGACUCUGCCAGUGGAGCCGUCUUGGCUCCAGACGGGAAAGACGGUGUGCAAGCGACAGCUGGUGAAUCACUUGCUGAAGGGAUCGAAGGUGAAGAGGAGCGCCAAAUCCCAGAUUACUAUGACCCUGUUUGUGCCAUACCUGACUUGUCUGAUCGUUUGCAAUGGGUCGAAGAUGCCCAGGGUCAUGUUAUUCCUCAAGCCGAAGAGUACAUGAGGAUCUUUCCCAAGGGCCAAUUCAUUUCACCGGACAGUGCACUGGUGCACAAAUUUGACGAUAAUAACCAUACUCUGCAAGAAACUAGGAAGAUCUGCGCAAAAAUUGGCAUCGUCAAACAAAUGCAACUCCAGUCGCAGCUGUAUCAAAAUCAAUUUCAAAGAUACGAGCCUCAGCCUUUCAUGGAAGCGGACAUUGAGCCGAUGGUGACAUCAGAGGACGGCCCGAUCAUGGCACCUUAUGUGUGCCGCGCUGCAUUGCAGCGCAGUGUUGGCAAGAUCUUCUAUCAUGCUGGUUUCGAAGAAUUCCAGCCAUCGGCACUUGACGCUGUGACUGACAUUGCAGCAAAAUUCUUCCAAAACCUAGUUGCAAGCCUGGGAAUCUAUCGAGAAACACCCAAGAUGAAGUCCGAGGUCCCAAUCACGCUUCCAAACGGCCAGCUCACGACCUGGGCUCCGCGCUUCACCCAAGAAGAGGCUGUGCUCCACUCUCUACAUGCUAACGGCGUCGAUCUCGAGUCUCUAGAGACGUACGUCAAGGAUGAUGUUGAAAGGCUUGGUACGAAACUUGGUGGAAUGCAUGAUAGAAUGCGAUCGUACUAUGCCGAACUUCUCAGACCAGCCAUGGACAAUGCUGGCGCUGACGGUGCUGGUGCAUUCAAUGAUGGCAGCGAACAAUUCGUUGGUGGUGACUUUGCCGAAGAUAUCGGCGAAGAUUUCUUCGGCUUCAAAGAGCUUGGUCUCGACAUUGAAUUUGGACUCACCUCGAGUGUGCCGUUACAUCUGCUGCAGAACAGGGUGCACAAUGCCUACGCUAGGCAAGACAACAAUAAUGUUGCCACCACUGGUAUCAUCAUGCCUGAGCCACCCAAGUUCGAGCCUGUCACCCUGCAGACGGCUGAAAACCAAAUUGGUCUACUCCAGGGCUGGCUCUACCGCAAGCUCCAAGACAACAACAGCCAACCUCUUGUUGAAGACGAUGAGCUUCCACCGAAGCAGCGCUUCCCCAAGCCUCGCCUACCACCUACAGGCAAGAUUUCUAGUCCUCGUAAGCGUCCCAUCAGGGAACAGCAGCAGAUGGCGCGUAAAAAGCGCAAACUUGAUGAAGCCAUGGACGAAAAUGGCAAUGAUCAUGGAAGCUAUAUGAAGGGUAUUGGAAAGCCUGUGGGUAAACUAAAGCUUGAGCCAACACAAAAAGAAACUCGCAGCCUCCAAGAGCCAGAGAAGGAUGACGGGAGCGCACAUGGGAUGCCUAGCCCGCCAGAAUCCUUCUAGCUGGCAGACCUGACGAUGCCACCGACUGGAGAGAAGGUGUCUAGUAUCAUCCGGCCAUUUCAUUUUCGCACUUUUGACUUUUCAGCAUCUUUCACAGCCAGAUCAGGGCCACCUUUUGCAGUCAUUGUUUAAUCUUUUGGCACAUGACCAUUUCUUCGAGACUCUGAUGUUUCCUCUGGAAGUCACUGUCGACUAUGCAACUAUCUGCAGGGUCCCAUAUGACACACGGCGUUUACCAUUUCUUAUUUUCGGCACCCACUUUUGGCGGACAGCAAAUUUGUUCUGCUACUCUGACAAGGUGGCUGGGUUCGUCCUUGUAUACCCAUCUUUGCAUUUCGCGCUGUGGCCUUUUGCAUGUUUUUCUGCGAAUCACGCAUUCGUGAUUGGGGCUGUUUGGUUGCAUGAAGGGAUCGAUUGGCUUGUGGACUUGACUUUGUAUAUACCUGAGCAAUGAGUGAAAGACUGCGUGUGGUACUGGAGUGAUUUAUAGUGUUUGAAUGCUAUUGUUUCCCUAC